UCGGCUUGGUUAUAAAAAGGGAGAGUGGGCUUUUGUCUGCUUGCACUGAGUUGAGUGGAGAGAUAGAGGUGGAACGGGUGUGUGGCUGCAGCGUGCGGUGUGGGUGAGCCCUGAAACGGAGUCUGACCUGAGCCAAACUGGGAAGCAAAGAAUGAACUUGGCAAAGAUGUACAUCCCUUUGAAAAGAUUUCGAGGCUGCAAACUUUCGGUUACCCUAUUAAUCAGGAAAACAAUGUACACUGCUCUUACUAGGGCUGAAAACAUCAAGAUAAAAUGCAGGGACUAAAUACUGAUGAUCAGCAAGCAUAGAAUGAAUUGCAAACGCCAAAACGGAAGGAAACAGGCAGUCAGAUCCACAUGAGCAGAAAAUUAAGUUGCUGGAUGCCUGGAGAUCACUAAACUUGGCACCAGGUUCAAACGGAUGUCGGGAAAGGGGAAAUCUGUGGCCCAUGGUUUGCUUAAUCUUGUUCUCUUGGCUUGUAUUUACUGGACAAAACCAUGGAGAUGAAAUUAGUAGUCUUCAGCCUGCUACUUGCUGUGGUAACAGCAGAUCCUAUGAUGUUGAAGCAACAUGGCUCCAUGCUGGCAGACAGCACAAUAAACCUGGCCCUCAAUCUCUACAAGACCAUGGUCAAAGACCAGAAAUUGUCAUCUGAGAACCUCCUCUUCUCACCAGUGGUGGUGGCUUCCUCCUUGGGAGUGAUGUCUCUGGGGGCCAAAGAUAAAACAGCCAAACAGGUGAAGUCCCUCCUCAACAUCAACUUGCACGAUGAUGUUUUUCAUCCUACUUUCUCAGAAUUGUUUAAUGAGGUCAGCAAUGAAACAACCCGCAACACCACUUGGAAGAUUGGCAGCCGCCUGUAUGGGCCAAGUUCGGUCAAAUUCAAGGAUGACUUUGUUCAGAAAAGCAAGACGCACUACAGGCAUGAUCAUUCCAAGAUUAACUUCAGGGACAAGAGGAGUACAAUCCAAUCCAUCAAUGAAUGGGCCUCUCAGACAACAGAUGGAAAACUGGGAGAAAUCACAAAGGAUGUGUCUAGUGUUGAUGGUGCCUUUUUUGUUAAUGCCAUGUAUUUCAAACCACACUGGGAUGAAAAAUUCCAUGAUACCCUGGUUGAUAAAAGAGGUUUUAUGGUGACCAGAACCCAUUCUGUUUCUAUACCUAUGAUGCACCGUACAGGACUGUAUAAUUACUGUGAAGAUGAGGUUAAUAAGGUUCAAAUUGUUGAGAUGCCCCUGGCACACAAAUAUUCCAGUAUGAUUUUCAUAAUGUCACGUCAUAUAGAACCUCUGGAGAGAAUAGAGAAGUUAUUAACAAAGGAACAACUCAACACUUGGUUUAGCAAGCUGAAGAAACGUGCUAUUGGUAUUUCUCUUCCAAAAGUCAACAUUGUGGUCAGCCAUGAGCUACAGAAACAUCUGCAAGAGCUGGGUCUGACAGAAGCUGUAGAUAAAAACAAAGCUGAUUUCUCAGGUAUCACAGGCAAGAAGGAUCUACACUUGUCCAACAUGCUCCAUGCUACUGCUAUUGAAUGGAACAUUGAAGGAAACCCUUAUGACGCAGACUUGCACACUCGAGAGGAAAUGAAAUCACCCAAGCUCUUCUAUGCAGAUCACCCCUACAUCUUCCUGGUCCGAGAUAACAAAACUAACUCUAUACUCCUUAUUGGAAAGUUAGCCAAACCAAAAGGCAAUAAUCAUGAUGAGUUAUAAACUUAAAUUGUACAAAAUGCAUGAAUGUUCUGUAUGUAUAUUAAUAACCUCACAUUUAGAUUACUUGUGACAUGGGGGUGGUGUAAGAAUUAUUCCUGUUCUUGUGGUUCCACAACGUUGACCUUGUUGGGGGGAAAGAAGAGUGUUGCUUGUGUUGAAUUCCAAUCGCUGUGAUUAGGUGGAUGGUUGACAAAAUAUCCUAUCGAAUGCAUUUUGUUUCACUAAACUUAAGGAUAUUAAAGCCAAGACUACUAAAUGGAUCUCAGUGGCACCAGAGUUUAAGGAAUUUAGAGACUUCUAACAACAUACCAUAAACCUCAUAACAUGGGAUCAAUCAUUGUACACACAAUUCUGUUCUCUAUUUCUGUCAUCAUUUUAAUUUGAACACCUUUGUAGACCCCUAAAUAUUAUAUAUUUUGUAAGAUCAAGAAUUUAUAAUCUGUAUGAUUCAUGUCUUCACCUCAUGUAAAUUAAACAAUGUUUUUUUAAAAAUCA